AUGUAUUCUCUGUGUGUUCUAAAAGAAUUAGCAAAUCCAAUUGUUCAAUUGUGUUACAUGUUUGCUUGUCUGAAUAACGGAAAUGUAGCAGCCGUAGAGUUUUGUGAAAUUGAGAUUUUGUUUUUUUGUCUCAGGAUUCCACACAGGACCAAACGUGGUGUUGCUGCGCUUGCUCGCUUGAAGAUCUAUGAGGGAGUCCCAUCUCCAUAUGACAAGGUUAAGAGGAUGGUUAUACUUGAUACUCUCAAUUUUCCUGUUUGGUUUAGACCUGAUGCUCUCAAGGUUUUGAGACUUCAGAGUGGCCACAAAUUUUUGCUUAUUGGGCCGUCUAUCAUCUUGAGGUUGGCUAGAACCAUUAUGGUACUAUUAAAGAGCUUGAGGCAAAGAAACAAGAAAAAAGGCCAUAAGUGUUGUAUCAGCCUAAGAAAUAGUUCAUAUCACAACUCGAUGUUAAUUCCUGAUCUAGGAAGUUUCAAUAAUAGUGUUGUUGCUCAGCAGGUUGGUAGUUGCAAUUUUGAUAUUUGUAUUCGCCAUGAAAUAUGCUACCAAAUUGAUCAAGAAGACUUACUUUAG